CACUGAUUCCAACCCCAUCCUUUAAGCUGCCAAGCUCAGCUCUUCCUGCCCUAGGCAUUCAUCGUUCUGUUUUUGUUUUCUUCUCAUUCACAGCUUUUUCCAGCAUCGCAGCUCUCCAGCCACCCGAGUUCCUCCAGAACGGUAUCUUAUCUUUUUUUUUUUUCUUUUUCAACUGAACCCCAAUUCGCCAUGAGAGUAGGGUUUCCCGCUGCUUUUGCAGUCCUUGCAACAAUCAUCUCGUGUACUUGGACACACGACACCUCUCCUGUUAGCCGUUCCAAUCUUGAAUCCCGCACCACCGACGACGAAGGAUGGUUCGAUUUAUCAGUAUCUGUCCGGAUGAAGAGAGACCAAAGCAGCUCGAGUUCACCGAUAGAAAAACGCUCUGAAUCGUCUCCCGCAUCCACACCCUUGAUUCUCAGAAGAAGCCCCGAAUCCGGCAAACUAAUCUGGCCACGCAGCUUUUCAGAGGCGCUCAAGAUGGCUGCGAGAGACGUGCCUGAGGGCAUCAAACGCUCCCUUCACCGACGUACAGCCUUAGCCCGACGAGCAAUGAGGGUUGUGAUUACUUGGUACACGGGCCAAGAUCUGCUGCAUCCGGCCUGUUUUGUCGACAGCGACAAUUGGGCACCCACGGACGAUUCGAUGGUUGCUGCUGUGACGAUUGUCUGGCCCGGCCAGCCUCCAUGCGGCUCGUUUGUCAGGAUCCAACACCAUUCCGACCCGAGCAAACACAUCCUCGUCCGGAUCGUUGAUAAGUGCGGUGGCUGUCCGCCCGGUCAACCCCACAUCGAUCUGACCAUCGGCGCUUUCGAGAAACUCUAUGCGCAAGACGUCGGCUUGGUUGAAGGCCUCAAAGCCAAGGUCGUCUCUUGUCCAUCUCACAUCAAUGCAAACUGGUCACAAGAAGUGAUCGACAUCUAUGGGCCCAAGGAAACCAUUGAUCAUCAUAAAUCGUCAAGCAAAACUGAAGCCUAACCAGCCUGGUGGUCUACAUCCGUUCAUCAUACACGCUCAGCGCCACUUUGCUACGCGCCGUUCAAGCUAUCGUUCAGAUUUCCUUUUUUCUUUGUCACUCAUUCAUCCUUGCUUACUACUCCCAACACCAUAGUUUGUUCUUUCACAAACGGACCGCAUGAUGCACAAGCGGCAUCAUCAUUUCCCCCUUUUUUUCGUUAUUGUUGAAUUGGCUCUGAGUUACUGAGUAGGACUAACUUACUCCUGCUACCGCGUCUCUCCAUUCAAGCCGUGAUAAACUUUGUCUUUUUACAUAUGUUGUUACAAGUUAGGGACAGUUUAAUACUAACAGUCGGGGAAACUUCUCCUCCACUCAUCAUUGCACCUGG